CUUCGUGGCCGCGGUCUCAGGGCGGCAGGACCUAGCGCCGCUAAUGGCGCGCGCGGUCAUCCGGCCCCUCGCGCUCGUCUCGGGGGAACUGUACACCGCGAAGGACGCGCAGGGCGAGCUGGUCGGCUUCACCAUUUGGGCGUCCCCAGGCCGCUCGGCCUUUGACACGCCUGAGCAGCUCGAGAUGGGGUUCAACGAGUUUUUGGGCCAUGUGGACGAGGAGGGGCGCGCGUUUCAGAUGCGGGUGAACGGCCAAGCGGUGCCGAAGUUCCUCAAGGAGUCGCUUGAGAUGGAGAACGCUGAGCUCGACUGCUACUUUUGCUGGUUCGCAAUGGUCCGAGAGGACUACCAACGCAAGGGCGUUUGUCGCGCUCUGUUCGACUUGACGUUUGAGAAGGCGAAGGCGACGGGGGCCACCUUGGCGCUGCUCACUGGCACUGAGAGCAACGUCGCGGUGUACGAGAAACUUGGAUUCAAGGAGCGCGGCCGGCAGAAUUUUGAAUCGCCGUGGACAGAGUGGACGUUUUACUGCAUGGCACGCAACGCGAGCAAGGAAUAGGGGGCGAGAAAGAUGCUUGACAUGCGCUGUAUUAUAUCGGUAGACUGUAAAGGGGAGACUUGCGUGAGCAGAC